AAUUCUUACUGGCAGUUGGAUAGCGAACACUCCUAUUCUCUAAUCAGAGAACGUACGUUCUCUGCGCUAAUACAACUCUGCACCAGCUGAAUUUUGCAUUGCAGACAUACAUUUUUUUACUGGGAGUUUAAUAAUCGUGUGAAAAUUCUGAAAAAUCGGAAUUUUCGGCAGUAAAAAUAGUGUUUUAAAGCAAAAAAUUGAUUUACAACAGAUCUCGUGAUAAAAGAGAUCUAGAUUGCAUGAGAAAAAGAUGUCUUACUACAAUAUGACCCGCCAACCAGUGCGCGAGUACGCGGGCGGCAGCGUCGGUGGCAUACUACGCAAAAGUGGCAGCAGCACAUCCUCCAACAAUGGCGUAUACAACAGCUACACGUCCACAUCCAACACAACGGGCCUGAAUGCAGGCGAAGCCCGUCAAGUGGAUCUGCUUGUUUUUGGAUACGCCUGUAAAUUGUUUCGUGACGAUGAUAAGGCACGAGACAUCGAUCAUGGCAAGCAUAUGAUACCAUGGAUGGGCGACCCAACGCUCAAGAUCGACAGAUAUGACGUACGUGGCGCUUUGUCUGAAUUGGCUCCGCAUGAACCGCCGCCGGGCGGCUAUGGCAAUCGCCUCGAUUACCUGAGCGCCGAGGAGCAACGCGCCGAGCAAUUGUGCGAGGAAGAGCGUUAUUUGUAUUUGUACAACAAUGAAGAGGACCAUAUACUGCGACAAGAGGAGGAUCUGAAGCGCCUCAAGCAGGAUGUCGAAGGCGGCAACUAUGCGCAAGUGGACUUCCAAUAUGGCAACGAUGGCGUCCCUGCUGUGCCACAUGGACCGAGUCGCGAGGAGCACUGUAAUUCACCAAGUGGCGAGGAAGCCGAGCAGGCUUUUAGUCUGCCCAAGGAUUUCGUAGUGCCUGCCAGCAUACUAUUGCCUGAAACAAUGAAGCAACACGCCAUUAUCGAGAAAACCGCACGCUUUAUAGCCUCACAAGGUAUGCAAAUGGAGAUACUGCUGAAAGCCAAGCAGUCAAAUAACGUACAAUUCGAAUUUCUCGCCAUAAAUGGCGCGCUCAAUCCCUACUACAAAUUCAUAUUGAACGCUAUAAAAAAUGGCACCUAUCCUGCGGAGCGUUUGACGCCACCGCCCAAUGAAAAACAUGAAACUGGGGCAGCCAGCAGCAGCACAGCUACGGGGCAUACCGCUCAUAUGCCUACUAAACCAGUCAUCACCGUGCCCACCAUCAAGUACAAGCCAUCGGCCAAUUGCGCCUAUACACAGCUGAUAAGCAAAAUCAAGGGUGUCCCACUGCCAGCUGUCAUCGACGGCGAAUUGGCCAAUAUGCCAACAUCGAAUUCGCCCAUACCAAGCACAACUGCUGGCGCUAAUUUUACACCCGUGUUACUGCAGUACAAUGACAGCACGUACGCUUCUGCUGAGCCGGAGGCGGGAGAGGGCACCACAAACUCGAAUUCGAAUUCUCAAUCGAAUGGUAAUGUGAAAACGGAGGUUGAGGUGUUGAUGAGUUCCAGCGCUUUGGCCUUGGCGCAGGAUUACGCCUCUGAUACGGAGUCGGAAGCGGAGGAGCAGCAACCGAAAACGCCACCGCCACCUAAAUUUGAGCCAGUGCUAAACUUUCCUGUCCCAACGGAGACUCUGAAGAACAUCAUUGAUAAGACAGCGACAUAUGUCAUCAAGAAUGGACGUCAGUUCGAGGAGACACUGCGUGCUAAAAGUGUCGAUCGUUUUACAUUUUUGCUCUACGACAACGAAUUUUAUCCCUAUUAUUUGUAUAAGGUCACCGGUGAUCCAGAUGCGGCAUCGAAGGAGCAGAAGCAGCGAAAGGCAGCUGCAGUGGCAGCGGCGCUGAUGAGUAAAAAGGGACUACAGACGGCCGAAAAAGCGAUCUCGCCCGUUUGCUUCUCUAUUAAACCGAAGGAAGAGUCCACUGCGGCUAUUUUGCAACCUGCUCUACCGCACGAGCCCAGUGACGACGACGAUGAGGAGUGCACAGCGAAGCCUGCGGCUACUGGGCAAGCGCGCUCGGUUCCAGAACAUGUGCAGAAGGCUAUACAGCUGGUGGAGAGUCAGUUGAUGGCGCGUAAUGCGCAAAUUGCGGCCACGGUAGGAAGUCGUAGCGCGGCCAAUGCUGCAAUGGCCGGGCCCCCGUUACUGGGCUUGCGCGCGCCAGCUAUUCAGCACCAGCAGCUGUCGCCCGGCAAUCGUUUCGAUGCCGAUUAUAAUAGCAGCAUUGGUGGCAACUCGACAAAGACGCAGCUGAAGAUCUCCAAGGCGGAAAUGGAGCGCAAUGCUUUGUUCGAACAGCAGCAACAAAAUCGGCAAAAGGAAUUGAAAAAAGCCGAGGAGAAAGUGAAGGACAAAUUGGCUAAAAUUGCACGUGAAAAAUUAGGCGGGCCAAUUUCAAAAGAAAAACAGCUGCAGUUGGAGCGUAAACGCAAGGCGAUGGCGUUUCUUAAUCAAAUUAAAGGUAAUACUGCAGGCGCCCCCUCCAGUGCUUCGAAUGCGGACCAAAACAGCACCAAUGCGGAGGAGAAUGCAUCUGAUUCUGAAGAAUCUGUACACUCAAUACCUAUAACUUCGUAUGGACCAGAGGAUGAUGGCAAGUCUGAUGAGGAGGAGAAGCUACGUUUGAUUGAGAUACCCACAACUCAUAUCGCCGGCGCCACGCCCGCACCUGCUCCAACCAACUCGACUUUAGCAACGAAAGACGCACAAAAGACUAAGUCUGCCGCCACAGUGACCGUCUCCGACGACGAUGACGUCCAACUAGUGGGCGAAAUAAAGCCAAUGGCGGCGCGUCUUUCCGUGUCCAAACCACGCAAAGAGCGAAAACGUAACCUGCGUUCGCGUGCACGCGAUAGUUCACCAGACGCCACACCCGCUUCGUCCAGCACAGCACGCGUGCGCAAACACGCGCGUCGGCGCCGGAGUCCUUCGCCCAGCCAAUCGUCUGAUGGUGAUGACAGCGGUUCCUCUUCAGACUCAACAACGUCAACGUCCUCGUCAUCAUCUUCAAGUACUUCUGACUCUGAGUCUACGUAUCAAAGUGAUGACAGCACUGACACUGAGCGCUCACGCUCGCAUCGGAAACACAAAUCCAUGGCAAAAACUGGGAAAAAACCUAAAACACGAAAGUCCUCAAAGUCCCGCAAGUCAGCGAGUCGCAGAGCGCGCAAGAAGAAAUCGAAAAAACGUGUGCGUAGCCGUGAGGACAGAAGCAUUGAAGAGUACAAAGACUACAAAGCGCUUGAGUGCACACGGGAGCGCACACAUAAGAGUAAACGCGAGCGAGAGCAAGAGGACGCAUAUGAGCGAGAAUACGAGCGGCGCAAACGUCAUCACCGCAGUGAGGACCAAAGUCGUCAGCGCAGCACAUUGCCCGUCCCCACAGAUAGCUCAUUACAGCGACGACGGGAACGCAUGCAGCGCAGUGCUUCGCAAGAGAUGAGAAGAGAACGUGAACACGAGCGAGAGCGUGAACGUGAACGUGAGCAUGAGCGUGAACGUGAGCAUGAGCGUGAGCGAGAGAGAGAUCGUCAACAUCGUGAGCGACGCGCACAACGCGAUGAAAAGAAACGUGAACGAGAACGAGAACGGGAGUGUGAACGUGAACGUGAACGUGAGCGCGAUCGCCCACACACGCCAACACGUCGCUACGACACACCAGCACGCAAGGAGAAGAAGAAGAAACACGAACGUUAGCGCACAGUGAUGUUCAACGCUGAAGCCACUACCUAUCUACAUACAAACACAUGUAUGUAGCACAUGUGUAAGAUUGGGCAACCUCAGGCGGCGGUGAUAACUGCCGCAUGGGAGUGGGUUUGUCGUUCCAAAGAGCGAUAAGGCAUUGGCGCGCUUUAGGGUGCGUUGCCGCUGCCUUGCGCUGUGACUUGGCCGUUGGGUGCACGCGGCACAGCGUGUGCGCGACACACAAAUGCAUUUUCAUAAAUAUUUUUAUUUUUAUUUUUAUUGUUUUUGUACUAGCUAUGUAAGCUGAAUGUGUGGCACGUGUUGCAUAUCGUUGUUUCUGUAAUUAUUAAUGCGGCAGUUUGUAAAGUAAUAAAGCAAAUAAAACGAAGAAGUGAACUAUAAUUUAUCGUGUCACUUCAAACUGGA